AUGAUCAGAAUGGAUACAAAGAACAUGGCCGCAUUCCAGAUUGUUUUAGGGAUCGGCUGGUCAGAGUCCACAAGGUUUUGCCAGAUGAUAUUAUCCGGGUCAAUCUCAAUCGAAGAGCACGUCAUAUUUCCCGGAGACCCUGUGAGAACAUCUGUCCAGCAGUAUGAUCAUAGGCAUCCACCACUUUGCAUAGCCCUGGAAUGGUCCACUGAAUUCCGCAAAACUGUAUGGGCUCGUAGAAGUUUUUCCGUGCAUACUUUGGCCGUUUUAUUGUCUUGUCCCUGA